GUUCUAGUAUUAUUGCUCUUACCGUUCUAUCGCAUUCAUUUGUGUUUUUACGUUGACGUGAAGAAUAAUUCUUUCAACAUGGUUGAAUCAACUGCUGAAACUGUUCCCGCUACUCCCGUAGCCGCUUCGCCGAAAAAGAAGAAGACCGCAACCAAGGCUAAGUCCGCUGCCGCCAAAACCGCCACUCAUCCACCCACCGCUCAAAUGGUUAACGCUGCCAUUAAAACUUUGAACGAGCGUGGUGGUUCAUCUCUCCAGGCUAUCAAGAAAUCAGUCAGCGGAACUUAUAAAAUUGAUGCCGAGAAAGCCGCUCCUUUCAUCAAGAAGUACUUGAAAAGCGCUGUAGCCAAAGGUGCCUUGAUCCAAACCAAAGGCAAAGGUGCUUCUGGUUCUUUCAAAUUAGCUGUUAAAGCUAAAGCUGAACCCAAGAAAAAGACCGCCGCUCCCAAAAAGAAGAAGACCGUUGCCCCGAAAAAAGAAAAAUCCGCUGAUGCGAAACCGAAGAAAGCCAAGGCAACGCCCAAGAAAUCACUCGCUAAAAAAGCCGCCAAACCUAAAGCUGCAUCGAAGCCGAAACCUGCCACUACUCCGAAGAAGGCUCCCAGCAAGGCCAAACCUACCAAAGCUGCUCCGGCUAAGAAACCAAAAUCGCCUAAACCCAAAAAGGUAGCAGCGAAGAAACCAGCAGCCAAGAAGACCAUCGCGAAGAAGUAAAUGUUUACUUGUCAUCUUAAAACGGCCCUUUUCAGGGCCACAAAAA